AUGCGAUCUCUUACUAAUGUGGAUCUAAAAACUAAUAUCCUGGUAUGCAGUGUGCCCUACAGGUACGACGAUCCUGCCCUCAAUGAGAAUAUCAGCUACGCCAACGCCUACCUAUCAAGAGCGAUGACAGUAGCAUUUGGAUGGCUGUUUGGUCUUACAUUGGGACUAGUGGUGUUGAUUGGUCCCUACAACACGGCUCUCCUGGGAUAUGUUUAUGAUCCAGUUGAAGCAGCCAUGUACUCAGCAUUCUCUCCCAUUCUAUGGUGCACAUUUAUCUCAUGGGGAGUGCUGGCUUCUCAUUAUGGUUACGGAGGUUGGUUUGGAAAGUUUCUGUCGUGGAAAUACUUCAAAGUGUUCACUCGACUGGCCUAUGCCAUCUACUUGACUCAGUUCCCAGUUUUCUUCUACAAUGUUGGCACAACUAAGGCGGCUCUAUAUUAUUCAUCGCUCGAUUUGGUGAGAUUUUUACUCAUCAGUAAUUGA